AUGGCAGACGGACCAAAUGGGGAUUCUUGCACAACUGACCCUGGACAUCUUUCUUAUGAGACAACACCUUUGGCCACACCGAUCCUCUCAGAAAUCGCAGAAGCUCUACAAAAUGGAAUGCAACCCCUAUUCCACGACGUAAAAGUCGACAUAGCUAGUUGUCCUUAUCUGACUGCAGCACCAUAUAAUCUCGCCGGAGUAGGACUAGGUGGCAACACGUCGAUAGUAGAAAUCCUUCCUCACGGUGGAAAUGUAUCGUGGUAUCGUAAUAAACGGGAUAUUCAAGAAAUACUCACAACCAGCUGCCAUGAUUCCUUUGCCAUUGGAUCUUCUUAUGCUACAAAACCAGGCAUGCCUUAUUACGGACAUCUCAUCGUGAAUGCAACGUACAGAGCACCUAUGGAUCUUAGGAACGAGAGUCGCCUUGUUUUCGCAGAGAGGCCUAACGGACAAACAACAAUAGAAAAGUUAACUGAUCCUAACCAAAUGAAAGCCACUCACAAGUGCACUCUGUUUGUCAGCGAGGGUAUGGCGGGCCGUGUUAUCAGAGUGCGUGCCAAAGGUCGAAAAACUAGAGACACAGAUAUCAUAACUUCAAUGCAAACGGUUCUUUACGAAAGAUAUAGAGAAGAUGAAAAUAAAGUUGUUGGUUUAGGUGGUGUUCUAAAAAUGAAAUACGGAAGUGUGGCAUGUAACCUUAUGUGGGACGAUUAUCAGGAGCCUAUGUUACCAUUUGAUGAUUUUAUUAGAGGGCAGCAAUGCUCCGAGAUAUAUCUAGAGUCAGAUAUGAUAGCCGUUGGCGCAAUAAUGAACGAUAAGCCAGAACUAUUGACUCAGGAACAGCGUUACGGUACUAAUGUAUACAAUAGAAGUGAGUUCCAUUGUUUCUCUAAUUACGGAGCAGGAGGACAAUUUAUUAACGAUACUACACCAGAUAUGACAGAAUAUGAAGGUUACUUUAACGUAGCGGAAAAGUAUCAAUAUUGA